CAAGAAAGACAAGAGCAAGACAGCACAUGCACAUUGUACGUCUGACAUCUGUCGUGUUUGCAGCUGAUAAGAAACACAAAGUUUUCUUCUUUGUAAAACAGACGGAACAGGAGCUUUAGAUCCUCUUCAGACUGUUUUUGGAUCCACCAUGAGUGUGUCUGCAGGCACGGUGGUGUUUGUCCUCUCCUUGAUGUCCAUCCCCAUCUCCUACGUGUCCAACACAUUAUUUCACAGCAGCAGUUCUCAUGGCCUCAUCUUUGCUGGAUGUGCAACAGUUCUCAUCCUGGCUGUUUCAGGCCGUUUAAUGAUCAAGAAUAUAGCUCCAGGAGAUCCUCUUUUCUAUGUGUACGCAUUGUAUGCGUUCUUCAGUGUGGUGAAUCUCAUCAUUGGACUUGAACAAGACAACAUCGUUGAUGGAUUUGUGACAUUUUACCUCAAAGAGGCAUAUCCUCACAUUAAUACAGCACAUGGACACAUGAUUGCUUACUGGGACGGCUGUGUGCAUUACCUCAUGUAUCUUCUCAUGAUUGCUGCAAUUACUUGGGGGGACAGUUAUAGAGCCAUUGGACUGUACUGGGUAGGAUCAGUUCUCAUGCGUGCCAUAGUCUACAUUCUUGGGAAUGCUGUGGGGAAAUAUGGGACGCAGGUCAGUCUACUGUUCCUCCUCCACAUGCUGUAUGUCACAGUGUCUAUCUGGGCCUGUUUCCGCAUUUUCAGUCAGCCGUCAACCCGGGAAGUUAAACUGAAAAGCAUCCAGGAGGCUCAGAGGAGAAGUUUGUUCCAAAGACCCUUGGACCUGUUGUUUGUUAUUUAUCUUUUACCUGCACUGGCAUUCUGCAUCUUCAGGGGUCUGAUUGUCCUGGACUGUUCCAGCAAAUGGUGUCUCGAUUACACACAGCAAUAUGAACCUUUCCUAAAAGACCCUUCCGCCUAUCCUAAAAUACAGAUGCUGGUGGGUAUGCUGUACUCUGGACCGUAUUACAUCAUUACUCUGUAUGCAUUGUUGGUGCCAGGAUGUGAGUGGAUGCCAGACCUGACUCUAGUACACUCAGGAGCAUUGGCUCAAGCUCAGUUUGCUCAUGUCAGUGCGUCCCUUCACACACGGACUCCGUUCUCCUACAGAGUGCCUGCUGCCAGCCAGUCUGUCUUCUUGCUCCUCAAUGUCCUUUAUGCCGUGGUGCCUCAGGCUUUGUGCUACCACUGUUGCAGCAGUCCGGCCUUCUUCCUCAGGCCCAUACUGGACAAGAACAGUGAGUGAAACAUCGAGAGGCUGUGAAGUUCUCAUCGAGCCUGUGAGCUGCAGUGACGUUAACUCCUGGAUGAGCUGCUACAGAUGUACAGAUGAACUUGUCAUGACACCGUCAAGUACAAAUGAUGCCACCUUUAAGUUCAGUUGUUUCUAUACUAUAAAUACGUGUGACUCCAGAUGCCACACAUGGUGUCACAAUGAAAAAGAAAA